AUGGAACCUAGCUGGAGAGCUAUUGCUGGAAAUAUAUCUAAUUAUGUUGAUGAUGAUACAUUCUUAUCUUCAAGAAGUCCUCAGCAGAUUGCCAAAGUUCUUAGUCAUGCACAAUUAACUCCAUGUGAAUUUGCAACUUUAUUCACAAAUCUUUCAAACCAUCAUGGAAAAGCUGAAAUAUUGAUGAUGUUAAGUCGUGCGCACCUAAAAGAAUUCACAACUCAAGAAGAGGCAGCUGAAAUUUCUGAAACAAUUUCAUCAAUCCUCGGAAUUCAUGUUCUUGAUUCACUAUUUUCAUUCUAUCAAAAUAGAAUUCAUGCAAACUCAGCAAAUGCCAUUUCAAUAAAGGAUCUUCAUGGAAAAGUUACCAUUAUUGAAAAUGUAGAUCUCAAUUGGAGAACUGAAGAUUUGAAAACUGUGAUUCAGCAAAAAACAGGCCAGCCUCCAGAUCUACAAAGGCUAAUUUAUGCUGGAAUACAAUUGGAGGAUGGAAAAACAUUAAGAGAAUAUAGUAUUCAGCAUGGAAGUAUGCUUCAUCUUAUCUUUAGAUUACGUGGUGGAAAACCAGUGAUCUAUUUGUAUCCAAAGGAAGAAAUAGAUGCCAAAGUAAGUAUCAAAAUCAAUGAUGGUGUUUUUUCGUUCACAUAUCCUUCAUUUGAUGAAGAAAGCACAUGGAAUGUGAAAGCUUUUCCAUCAGGUGAGAUCGUCCACAGAGGAAAGAAGAUGAGGUAUCUCUUCUGGGAAACACUCUUCUAUCCUAAUCUCAAUAUGGAUAAAGGAUUCAUUAUCAAAGGAGAAGAUUGUGUAUCUUUCUUCGAGGAUAAGCUCAAGUCUAUGAACCUGAACGACACAGAGAUAUGCGAUUUUGUCACGUUUUGGUGUCCAAAGCUCUGUGGAUACAAAUAUGUCAAAAUUUGCUUCCAGUUCGAAAACUUUGAUGAGAUGUGCCCAAUGAAUGUCGAACCAAAACCAGACAACAUCAACAGAGUCUUCUUCGCAGCUCUCCCUCUAAAUAAUCCUUGCGAUAUCGAGCCACAAGAACUUCCGACAUUCAAGCGUGAUGGCUUCACAGUCAUCGAAUGGGGCGGAACAAUUGUUACUUCUGAAAAUCUAUAA